AUGGCAGGGAUCUGUUGGACUUACCGCAACAAGGGUUUCUGGACAUCAACCUCCGCCAACGCGAAAUGGAUUGGUGGUCCAACGGGGAAGCCUUUCACAGGAAAUCUUCAGGAGCUCAGAACAAAUGGCGCCGCCAGCUGCGAGGCAUGGUACUCCCUGUACAAGCAGUACGGACCUGCAUACGAGAUGACGAUUCCAUUCUUUCGCAUGCAUAUUAUCAAUCACCCAACCUAUCUCGAGCACAUCCAGAAGCAUAACAGCAAGAACUACAUACGUGGCAGGUUCGCUCGUAAUAUGUUUGGACCGCUUCAUAGAGGCGGCAUUUUCGUCGCAGACGGCGUGGAAUGGCAAACGCAACGUAAAGCAGCUUCCCGUGCAUUCAGCAAGCGCAACUUCGAGACUCAUAUUACGCAAUCCGUUCAUUAUUGGCUGGAUAUUCUCCUGCGGCUUCUCUCCAACUUGGCUAAGGAGCAGAAAGAGUUUAACUUCCAGGAAGUGAUGGGCCGUCUUAUGUUCUGCCUCUUCCUUCGAAUUGCCUUCCAUGAGGAUAGGCUCGCUUUAGAUAUUAUGUCUGAUGAUCCUAAGUGCCUGGAAUCAAAACCGGAUUACGUCGAGGCCUUCGAUCAAGCUACUCAUUUAUUUGACCGAAGGAGACGCGAUCCUCUAUGGAGGAUAACCGAGAAGCUCUCUGGCGAAGAUACUAUCUCGAAGAGAGCCGUGGAUCUCUUUUAUAGACAGAUUGAUUAUCUUAUCGAGAAGCGUCUCGAUGCGAUGAAGAAUGGUUAUAAACCUAAUCCAGACGCUGGCGUUGACCUUCUUGACCUAUUUUUGCAGUCGACAACUGACAAAUACACUCUCGGUGGAAUGGUGUUCUCUUUUCUCUCAGCUGGCCGUGACACAACGACAUACAAUACAUCAUGGUUUGUCAAGGAGAUUCACCAUAAACAAAACCAACAUCUAAAUGCUUUGAACAAGAUUCGGGCUGAGGUCGAGGACCUUGGCUUCACAAGUGGUUACCUUAACUACACAGAUGCGCCGAGGUUACGAUUUACGAAUGCCAUGUGGGACGAGUGCACUCGACUUAACACGGUGUCUCCGGCCGGUCAGUUGGAGGCGGCUGAGGACGAUAUUCUCCCUGCGGUGCCAGAGCUAAAUAUGCCUCCUCGUCGGAUCAAGAAAGGCGAUGUUGUUAGCUAUCAGAACUAUGUUAUGGCUCGCAUGCCGGAAAUCUGGGGAGAGGACGCCGCGGUCUUCAACCCACACCGAUGGCUCAAGGAGAAUGGGGAAAGCAUCUCCUACAGUCCAUUUAAAUAUCACGCUUGGAAUGCCGGGCCGCGCAGCUGUCUCGGACGUCCACUCGCCACGUACGAGGGCAUCACCAUUACAGUUGCGAUCCUCCAGCGCUUCGAUAUCAUUCUAUCAGACGAUAGCAGGAUAUAUAAGCCACUUGCUGCCUUGAACAUGGGUAUUCAAGGCGGUCUUCCCAUGCGAGUGAGAGAAAGAAAGAACUCUUGA